UGUUGUUUUAAGACAGACUUGAAAAAUUGUGAACCUAUCCUUUAAGACACGUUUGUUUUCUUUGUCUUUCUCUUGAUUUAAUGUGGGGUUUUUACACUUCUCUUUGUUUUAUAUGUUGCCCUCAUUGUCUCUUUUAUCCUUCCUCUCUCCCAUUUUCCUCUUCCUGUAAAGCACUUUUGAUUCUUCUCUGUUUUACAACAUUAAAUUAAGUUUGCUUGCUGGCUUGAUAUUGAACAAAAUGAAACCUCAAAUAAUCCUAAUCUGUGGUUAUUUUGAAUAAUGUGGCUCAUGCUGCCCUCUUCUGUUACCAAGGCAGAUUUCAUCUAAUCGUCUCUUUACGAUAUUAUGUAAUGUGAAAACCCUCAGUGACACUGUUUAUUACUACUGACUGCUAACUGUUAACCAUCAGAUUGAAUGAAUGCGAUAAACACGUUUAUGAGGCUGAAACCGCAACUGAGGCCUAUAAACGCUGGUAGACAAUCAGUGCCAUUAAAUCGCCAUUAAAAUUGUUCUCUGAUCACUUAACGCGACUCGAAUUAACCCUUUAAACUCGCAUUUGUCUACUUAAUGAAACAAUGCGGCGAAUAACGUCUGUGAAUUGAAACAAUUGUGUAAAUAUCGUCGGCAGGAUGGAUGUAAAGCCGUUAUCUAAAACACACAGCCUGCGGUUUCUUUGUGGCAGCGGCCUGCGAGUGUGCCAUUCAUAGCCAGCCAAUCAGAGCGCAGCUUACUGAGGCGUUCCGUCCCAUCACGAGGCAGCUUAUUGUUUUGUCCCUGUCGCGACCGCGGACAGACAGAAGCAAGUGGACCGGUUUGAAGCUAAGCUAAUUCAGUCAAUUUACAUCUAGUUAAUUUAGAUUUUUACUCUGGUUACGUUUGCAGCGAACGCGUUUAUCUGUUGGCGAAAAAUCGCAGCUACGUGUAAAUAUUUUGGCGGUGAGGCUAAAAGGCAGAACCGGACAUUUAUUCAGGUAAACCGCUUCUCUCCUGCUAGCUCAGUCGGCAGCGGGUUAGGCGCCAGUCCCGUCUGACAACAGCGCGAUUCGCUCACGUUUCCCGGUGUUGUUGUUAUUUCGUAGCUGCUGAGCGAACGAGCUGGUUUCCGUUAACUGGAAACGGUGAAAUAAAAGAAGAAGAAGAAAAAAAAGUUAAGGAUGGCAGAAUUUCUCGAAGAUCCGUCGGUUCUCACGAAAGAUAAGCUGAAGAAUGAGCUCACGGCGAACAAUGUGCAGCUUCCGAGCGGAGAGCAUAAAAAAGAAGUUUAUGUGCAGCUGUAUCUGAAGAAUUUAACCAUACUGAACAACAAGAGGAGUCCACCUACAGACACCUUCUCCAGCGAUGAAGAGUUACCUGCUCCCGUUGUUUCCAACAAAAGUCGAUCUGGAAGGAAAGCUACCAAAAAGACAGACAAGCCUCGCACAGAAGAAGUAGAGGUGACAGAUCUCACUGAUGAUGAUUUAAAACAACAGCUGGCAAAGCACGGUGUGGACUCUGGACCCAUUGUGGCCUCAACUCGAAAGUUGUAUGAGAAGAAGCUGCAGAAGCUUUUGGAUCAACCUGCUGCUGAACCUGAAGCUCCUACAGACGUCACAACUCUCCCCAAAGCAGACAGCAACCAGAAUGGAAACACAAACUCUGACCAGUACAGUGACAAGGAAGAUGAGGAGAUCGCUGCCCCUGAACCAGAACCAGUUCCUGUGGUAGAGAAGCCUGUGCGGAGCAGAGGGAAAACUCCAGUCACCGUGAGGACCAGCAGCAGACGACAAACCAAGGUGGUCGAGGAAAUCGUUACCGAAGAGACCCCGAAGAAGGCCAGCGAGAGUGUGGUUGAAGAUAUCCUUGCCAAUGAAAUCAGCACACCGACAGGCAUCAGCGCAACCUGCAGACGUCCAAUCCGAGGGGCGGCUGGUCGACCUGUGAAACCAAGUGAAUACUGGCUGGAUGAGUCCCUCGUGCAGCCGAGCAUCCACACCGAGAACCGUUCUUACUCCGAGUCUUUGUCCAGAGGCGGCAGCGCAGUCUCUCUGAGCAAAGCGCCGGCCCGACGAGGCUUCCUGUCCGUGUUGCUCAAGCUCCUGCUCCUUGUUGUGGUGUGCGGCUCGCUCUACUACGCCUACCAGAACCUGGACGCCAAUCAGAUCGACAACCUUAAAGGCCUCGUAGACACCGUCGUCGUCCCUCUUCAGGGCGUUGUGAACAACGCAGCCAACUACCUGGGCAUCAGUAGCAGCAGUGCUACCGAGGGCGCCGCCAAGUAAAGACGCUCAGCAGUCCCUCGCCAUGCCCAAGCCACCUCCCUGCCGCCACAGCACUCCACAACUCAAGCAGUAAACUUGGCUCGCCUCUUCUUUUUUCUUACAUGGUCGGACAAAGGACACAGAUUUAAUUAGGAACGAUAAACUUGCUCCUCUCCAGGUUCCAGCUAUACCUCCCGCCACAAGAGGGAGGUAUAAUCAAACAGUAGCUUCUGGAUAAUACUGUUAAUGUGGCAGUCAGAAGAGACUCAUUUUAACGUUGAUUUUAAUCUGUGACUUGUUUGUUGUCUUUGUGUGUAUUUAACCCUCGUAUGUAGAAACGAGUGCAGAAUGGAGAGGCCAGUUUAUCCAAGCAUGGUUGUAGUUUUUGAAAGUCAUACUGUAGUUUCUAACGCCGUGUGCCAGGUGUUUUUCUGAUGGUGAAGUGCCUGGACACUGUUAGUGAUUAGUGCCCUCCCGUUUCUAAAGCACAAAGCAGCACUACCAUUAAUACCAGAAUGUCUACAUGUGUUUCUGUAUCAUUUUCACAAUUUGCUCCGUAGCUAUAGAGGUAGGUAGACUGAUUUCCUAAUUUCUAUGGUGCUCAGGUCGAUUCAGCUCAAACUUUUUUAAUGUGGUCUGUGCUGGGAGGAAGACACUCGGUGUAAUCAGGUCACGUCACUGCAUGAAGAAAACCAGCCAACAUUCAUGUUUAGGUUUAAAAAAAAGACAAAACUUUUUUUUUUUUUUUUAGUGGCUGAUCGCUGCUUGAUUAUGGCUAAAAUGAUGAUUCUGGUCACUCUUGCUCAGUAUUGUAAAUCAUGAUUUUCGCUGUUCAUGGAUUGAUGAAGAAAAAUUUACUGUAUUUUUGGCAUCUUGUAUCAAUAUCUUCAUCGUUUACAAAGAAAAUUCUAAAUGAAAAAGCUUGUUUUAGUAUUGAUGAUCUACCAUUUAUCUGACAAGUACUCAUCGAGGAAGCUAAAAUUGCAGCGUAUGAUCAUAGAUUAUUGAUUUUCCAGCUCUGCCGGUGUGUCCAUUUGAGUUUACAUUCUUUGGAUUUUAGUGCUCUAUUGUGCUUUUUUUUUUUUUUUUUUUUGUCUUAUGUUUUUAUUAGAUUUCUGAUCCUUCAGUCCUCUGUGCAGGACUGGCUUUUGCAGUGCACCCACAUAGCCCACCUCAUUGACUGCAUGUGUCCACACAUGGCAGAUCCGCAUAGAAGACGCACGGAGAAAGUAAAUCCUAAUGGGACAGUUAAUCCAUUUGAGCUACUCUCCUCAGAACUUCUGCCUGUGCAAAUUACCACAUUGAAGACACUGUAGGUUUCUCUAAAAGGGGUUUCUUUACCCGCUGGGAGCAAGUAUGCUUUCACUGCAGGUGAUGUUGGGGGUGGGAAAAUUUCUUUGUUUCAAUUUUGAUAUUUUUCUAAAGUGAUGUGUUUUAUAGCAAAUUUAAAGGUAACAUUUGAAAGCAAUAUGUAAUACAUGCAAGUGAUACUGUAUCUUAAUCUGAAUCUUACUGAUUUUAACAUAAGUGAUUCAUCAUCAGGCAGCUCUCCCACAAUGGACAGAAACAAUAAGGGUUAUGUGGGUAAGGAUUUUUAAUCUGUUUAUUUAUGAUAUGUAGGCAGUGUAUCAUAAAAUAAACCUGGUUGAUACCAGAA